AUGUCUGGCCAAGGCGACGUUGGUGGCUCAGUUCCUGUAUGGGAUGGUGCAGCUCGCAGCUGGCGGAGAUAUACCAGGGAAGUGGCGUGGUAUGUUCAGAGUACUGCGCCACACAAGCGUCGGCACUGUGCAAGCCGAUUGAUGGGGAAGCUCAGUGGACCAGCGAGACUGCUGGCAAUGUCAUGGUCACAUGCUGCGUUUGACUCCGAGGACGGCACGCGCAAGCUCUUGCAGAGGCUUGCAUCAAGCCCCUUGGUUCGGAAAACGCUUCCGAAUGCGGCAGCGAUCUGCCAGCAGUACUUUUCGUUCCGACGCCAUGUCAAUGAGUCGAUCGGGAACUUCUUGGUCAGAGAGACGCUGGUCCAUGAGGAGUUCCAAGAGGCGAUCAUAAGGUUGCACGAAGAAAAGAUGGGAAUCACUCAGGAGUCCAAGGACUUUGGCCUACCUCCCGUUCAAGAAGAGGACUGGAGUGAUGAGACAUGGGGCGGCUCAUGGGAGUCGUGGUGGAACUACGACGAGGACUACCUGGACGAGGGCGGCGAUGAUGAUGCUCAAGGCGGUGACGAUCCUCCUGAAGGCCAACCUACUACCCCGACGGCAACUGGUGUUGGCGAUAGUGGAACCCGCGAGCCAGGCGGACCAACUCUGCCAGGUGCUACUGGAUCGUCCCCAAGUCAUCGCGAGGAUCCUGGUGAUGAGCGACAAGCCGAUCCCUCGACUUCUCCUUCACGACGAAGCGCUGCGAAGCAUCGGCCACCUCCGAUGCCACAGACAGUGGACGAACUGUCCAUGACAGACUCGUUCAUCAUGGGAGUUCUCCGUGGAUGGCGACUACUCCAGGCGGCAGGUCUCACAGCAGAGGAGAAGCGGGACAUCCUUUCCACAACCCGCAACAGCCUGGACUAUGAGGUGAUAGCCCAAGCUCUACAAGGACUCUGGGAUGAACAGCUUCUUGGUCAUCGGUACUCCAGCUCGCCACACUCCCAGGCCUACUACAUGGGUGCCGAUGAAGGCGAGGCGUUCUACCAUGAGUACAACGACGACUGGGGCACCGAGGACGACAAUUGGAGCGAGGGCUACGCGUACUACCACGACUACGAGGACAACUUCGAUGAUCCUUGGUGGUACGGGGACACUGACUACAGCUACCAGGCCACCGCGGACGACAGCGAGCCCAUCGACGAUGAGAAGUACAAGGAGGCCAAACAGGCGGAGAAAGUGGCGGAGUCUCUGGCACUGGAGGCUCAGAGGACAUGGGCAGAUGCCCAAAAGGCCACUCAGGCCUUGAGACGAGACCGAGGCUUCGGCGCAUCCGGCGCUAAGGGCCACUUCUCUCCGGGCAAGUGCUAUGCCUGUGGCGGCAACCACUUCAUUCGCGACUGCCCGACAAAAGGCAAGGGGAAACAGCGAUCCUACAUGGCCGAUGCGGAGGACUAUGGCAUGCACUACGCCGUAGUGAAGGACCUCAUAGCUGUUAUCCUGUCUCACGACAAGCAGGCAGUCAUCGAAGUUGACCAGAGCUCGCGGCCAUACUUUCGGUUUGGUGAUGGGAGAUGGGGACGACAGAACCACAGCUUUGCCAUCUAUGCGCUACCAAACCCUGCUGAGUUCUACAAGUCCAACUUCGAUAAAACCAAUUUAGUGCCCAUCCUGAUCGGAAUGGACUUUCUUGGCAAGCAGGGACACUACAUGCUCGACCUGUGUCACUACAUCACUCGCGGUCACAAACGUCAGGUGCAUGUGUUAGAGCUCCACCCUGUGCAGUUUGAUCUUACGGUCAGUGAUGUUGAGUUUGAUCAAAGAGAGCUGGAACAGGCGAUGGUGGCGACGCUGAGAACUUCAGCUCCCAAGGCGAAGGCCAAGCCAUUGGACCCUUCUCGUGCAAUGAAGGGCGAUCCGCGGGAUCCCCGGGCGGAUGCCAAGACGUGGCCGUGUAUGGGACGUCAUGUACCAGGACCUCCGGGCGCCAACAAUCACGGCCAAUGGCAGCAUUGCGCUCGGUGCGAUUUCAGGAUGAGCUACAUCCCCCGUCAAGGAUCCAAGGGACAAUUCACGGCCACCAAGAAUCCAGAGAUGGUGGCUCGAGCACUCCGAGAGCUACGACCACUGAUGGGAGACUUUGCUCCCACGGCAACGAUCGUGAGGGCGAUGCAAGCCAAGGUGGAUGCAGAAGAAGUUCUACGCAAUCACAUUCGCGACCUACAGGCGAGCUACGCGGAGCCCCAGGGAUAUCCCAAUCAGCUGGAGACAAUGAAGCCAACUACAUCAAGGACUUCGGCAAGCCCCGCGACACCCUCUUCGACCAGCAGCUGGCAGGUGACGAACCAGACGGAGAUGAACUCUGUCACCAUGGCGGGCGGCUACGAAGCAAUGGACAACCAGCAACAGCCGUAA